AUGAAGGCUGCGACGAUCCUGUGCUUUGCCGCCACGGCCCUCGCCGGCGCCAUCGAGGCUCGCAACGGCCACUGCGGCGGUGACAACUGCGCCCGCCAGGUGACGGGAACUCGCGACGGCCUGACGCCCAUCGAGUCCCGCAAGGCCGACUGCACGAGUUUCAUGCGGUCGACGGUCCUGCCCGACGCUGUCACCACCACCGUCACCGUCACCCUCGACCCGUCCCAGACGGCGCCCAAGCUCCGACGCGAUGCCACCACCGUCGCCACGGCCACGGCCUCUGUCGUGCCCGCCUACGCCUCGGGCUGCAAGGCCGCCAGCGCCUACUCCUCGGCCUGCGCCUGCUGGGGCAUCACGGCCCAGCUGGCGACGGGCCCGACGCCGACCAAGACGGCCACCGUCACCGUCACCGGCGACUUCUGCGAGGACCUGUGA